UAUAAAUUGAAGGGGCGCCGAGAGUGGCAGAAGAGGGUGAGAGGAGAUGAAUCAGGUGCUUGCUCUCGUGCCGACUGACGAUCUCCGCACGCGCGAGUUAGGGAACGGAAACCGGUGGCAUGCGCAGCUGGCGCAGCUCAUCACCGUCCCUCCGGUGGUUCCCGUGACGCUUCCCGUCUCGCCUCACCUGAGAGCGACGAACCGACGGUCGGGGAGGAGGACAUGGCUGGCGUCCUCCUCCUCCGCCACUCUCCUCCUCUUGCAGCAGCAGGCCGGCGCCGUACUCGUUGUCUCUCUCAAGGGAAACAUCCACGAGGAACACUAUGUGUCCAAUCUUCACUUUUGCUGGCCGAAAAUAUCAUGUUGCCGAGGAAGUAGACUUGUAUUUGCAAGCUACAGAGACCAUACUGAUGAGGUUCAAAAAUUUGGACUAAGAUUCCCAACAGCUUCCGAUGCACACUCAUUUUUGAUCUCUUUGAAGGAGUGCUUAAAAGUUGGUAUCGAAGUCUCAAAUGAUUAUGGAGGGAACAGUCUUCUAUGUGAAAAUUCAUGUCCUACUGAAUUUUCUGUUUCUACUGGACCACGUUAUAGGGCAGAAGAGGAACCCAGCUUUGGAAGCCAUGUUGAUGCCUAUCAUCCUCAUUUAUCACCUUUAGCAACAGAAAAACCACCAUGUGUUUCUGCUCCUGGGAAUCUGAAUGCAGUUGAUGACCUAGAAUCGAUCUUUGGAGCCUUGCCUCCUAGUUUUGCUGCCUUGCUGAACAGCUACUGUAGUGGAUCUCCUACAGGUUUGACUCCAGCUGACAGUGCAAAAAAUGUUAUGGAGGAGAUGAAAUGUCUUGAAAAGCCUGGUCUCAAAUCAAAGAUUGUGGAUUACAUGAUGGAUCCUUCUUUUCAAGAUGUCCUGCACAGCGUGGAGCAAGCACUGGACGAAAUGGGGGGCAUCUACAAGCCAUAGGCCUGGGUGAGGUGUCUUCUGCUUUUUGUUAGUAAGAGACGGUGGCUAAAAG